CGAGAUCUGAGCAUUAUCAUGGCUACAUUCCUGCGCAGCUGUCGCCCCAGUGGCGGCCUGAUCAAUUCCAACUUGACGCGGCACUCAAGACGAUGCAUGGCAUCGACUUAUACGGCCGUGACGCGUCGGCGGGAGAAGGAGACCGCCCAGCAGAUGGAAGGCGACAAGGGCAGGCAACAGCGGCUCCUUGAGGAUCUCGAGAGGGACAAGCAGAUACAGAGGCAGGCGGCCGCAAGAGCAGCUCCGAUGGGCGGCAAGGGGGUUGUGGCGAGCGAGGCCUUCCGCAAGAAGGCUGCACGGGUCGGCCGCAUGGGCACCGGUCAGCUGCUGGACUUCCUGGGCGAGACUUCAAGAGCCAAAGUGGCCGACCCUGUGGUUUGGGAGCGGAUCAUCGAACAUAUCGGUCUUCACCACCGGCAGCAGGGCAUUGCCACCACGGAGGGAGAAAGGCCAACAGUCGGAGAGGAGGCAGAGGCGGAAGAAGAGAUCGAGGGGGAAGAGCCGUCGGCCCAGAGGUUUGCGUUGAGUGUGGAUGUGGAGGACGGCUUCGUCGGCCAGCUGCGGCAGCUCUCUCACGAGCAGUUCAUCUCGAUGCUCGAAGCCCUCAACUCAACCACCGCCUUCGUCGCAAUGGACCCCCGGCUGUCGGCACUGAUCAGCAAGGCCUUCUGCGAGCGGCCGUUCGAGCACAGUGAUCUUCGCCAUCUAUCCAACGUGGUGUGUUUUGUCCCGCUGCGGCAAGAUGCAUGCCGCCGAGAAAUGAUGCAGUACCUAGGGCAGCUGUUCCGCAAGGGCCGCUACAGGAAACGGCUUAUGGAUGACCAGCUGUAUGUCAAGACGGCCAUUGCACUGCUGCCGUGCCUCAACUCACAUCUGCUGUCGGCAUUCCUGAGGACAGUGGGGCCUUCCUCUUACCCCUCUGCAGUCAUGGCGAUGGGCGGCGACGAUCUGCGGCUCAUCCUGCGGGCGCUGUCGACCUUCAAAGUGCGGGAUGGGUCGCUGGUCAGUGCUGUCGCGCAUGCCGUCAGUGUGCAGCCUCAGAGGUGAGCCAAUGAGUGCACGGAAAACGUCCGUGAUUCAGCUGUAUGUCAUCUCGUCUUUGUUUCUCUCAGGUUUGGCUCACCUGUCAAUCUGACCGGUCUUGCCACAGGUGAGCGGAUCAUCAUCCGCAGUAUGCAGAGGCACUCUUGUGGCCCCCUUUUCCUUGUGUGUGUACAGAUUUCCUCGACUGUCGGUUGAUGGAGCCCGGAGUGCCCUCGCCGAUCGACCAGCUGCUGGCAGAGAUCAGGUGCCGAUACUUGAAUAGCUGAAUUCACUCCGUAUGCGUUGGAUUAUGUCAUGUCAGGCGCCAGGCCCCCUCCUACAACUUGCAGGAUCUGACCAUCGUCGCAGGUGGGUUUCCAGCGAAGAAGACGCAGAAUGACAUCGGAAGAUAGACCACAAUGUGAUUGCCUGGGUUCAGGAGGGUUGGCUCGGGCGCCGUGGGGUGGCUUGUCCGAGAAGCAUGGCCUGCGGCUGACAGUGGACACUCUACGGGGACGAUGUCGCGAUCUCAUAGGUACCGGCGAAGAUGAAGCAAAGCCAAACGACCAGGUCAGUGGCAGACUCAAGAGUACCAGCUCUCGACUCGUGUGCAUCUGUCCUCUGUCUGUCCCCCAGUUGCUGGCCCUGUUGUCAUCCUUCGCUGCCUUCGAGUGGAUCCCCGACGGCGCCACGCCACUCCCGACAUCGGCCGACCUCCCCGUCACACCAUGCUACAAGUCCACACGAGGCGAACAGACGCUGACUGACACCCUUGCCCAGGCAGCCAAGAAGGCCCUUCUCUCACCCCCAAGUGAACAGGGAGAGGGAUCAGCGGAGGACCGGUCGGCUGCAUUCAUGGCCCUGUCAGCCACCCUGCAAACCGCCCUCCACUCGUCCUCCCAGACCAUCUCAGCCCUGGUUGACGAGCUUCGGCCGUUCCUGUCAUCUCAGGCCGGGCAGGCAUAUGAGGAGGCAUCCUUCAAGACCCUCCUGGAGCACUGCAGCCACACUCUACUUUCGGCUACGGCAGAGUAUGUCGGCAGAGCAACGAGAGACCCAUCCAGCGCGGCUAGUAGCUAUCAUGCUGCCCUCAACGGAGCCGCGGAGACCUUGCGAGUGGUGCGGCUGUUCCUAUCGGUCCCUCUGGCCAGACAGACCUUCGAUGUGGCCGUGUCUUCCUUCCGCGCCCUGGCCGUUGCGUCCCACUGCACCACAUCCAUCCAACCCCAUCUUGAGGACCACCAAGAGGCUAAGAAACGGCUUGAUGGGCUCCGGCAGCAGGCCGAUGACACAACGGCGGCCCUCGACAAGGCCUUAUCUUCACUGCUGACAUCGCCAGAUGUUGCGGUGGAGGUGACACCCGGCGACCUGACGGCCCUCGCUUCCCUGCCGUGUCCCACCACGUUUGCGGUGGUCGUCCGCCGUCUGCAGAAGGACCUCAUCCCCCAGCUGACCCUCUCGGAGGCCCCCCUGUUCGUGCGGCUGUUCGCUCUCGCCCAGCUGGGCCACAUGCCCCUCUCUCUCCCGGCCACUGCACCCAUCACCGUUGGUGGUGAUGAGGUGGUCGAGACCUCACCACCAGCAGCGACUGCUACAGCCCCUGCAGGCGAAUCAUUUACGUCGCAUUUCGGUCCGGCGAAAGGCGCAUCUUCCGAGGCACCGGCAGCUGCUCGUCAGGCUAUCUCGGGUGGUGGCCCCAGGGGCACUCUGGAGGGCUUCGAAUCCCUCAGCCGCCGCAAGCUGGCGACCGGCGCCCCUUCACUACUGGAGGAGCGGCCACUAACGCGUGAGGAGGAGAUCGCGAGCCUGGAAUGGAUGGAGGGGCUGCUUGAUGACGCGCAGCCGUCGCUCUCGACCCACCCCUUCGGCCAUGGGGUGCGUCUCUACGACGAGCUGAUGAUUCAUGCCGGCCACAACGGCACGGAGCCCGACAGCCCCCUCCCUGAAGACACGGUGGACCGGGACGAGGCAAGGAGGCGGCUGCGGUCAUUGGCGUGUUUCGUGACGCUGCAUGCCGACCCCAUGCACACCGGGCAGCCUUCCCAGGGGGCCGUCGACCACCUCACUGAGUCGAUCAAGACGCAACAGGCCAAGAAACAGCUGGAAGGAAAGACCGCGGGCGAGCAGGCAGAAAGAGGCGAAGGCGAUCCGCCGUCUGUACGUGCGGUGAUGCCCUCGGCUGGUCGGGACGAGGCGGGGCCCUCGGUAACUGCUCGACAUGUGCCGUGGGACUUGCUGAAGAAGAGAAGGCCGUCUGUGCGGCUGCAGGAGUGAGGAGCCAGUGGCCCAAGGUGCUGUAUUGAUGUGUGUAUUGAUGUGUCUGUGAGGUUUGCGAGAUGGCUGGCCGUUGUCGAUUUGUGCAAGUCGUAUGUGAGCAAGACAGAUGGACGACAGGUCGAUGGACAUCCCAUGUGUACAUCACAUCGUAUAAAUGGUCUUUCCAGUU